UAUACUUCUUUGAAUCAAUCUACUGCCUUCUUCCUAUCAAUACCAAAACAGAAAACAUGGUUGAUUUAUUUGUUGAUCCGUUGGUCUUGCUUGUAAUAGAGAAAUUGGGCAAAAUUCUGCAAGAUGAGGCGGUUUUGGUGGUGGGUGUCGCCGACGAUAUCAAAAAGCUUUCCCGUACCUUCACCUUGAUCAAAGCUGUUCUUAAAGAUGCUGAAACUCGGCGAGUGAAGGAUGAAGCAGUAAAGAUCUGGUUGCAGAAUCUCAAAGAUGUGGCCUAUGAUGUGGAUGACAUAUUAGAUGAAAGGAUGACAGAAGCUCUCAGAUCACAAGCACCCGAUGAAGGUGAUGAGUCCUGUUUCAGCAAGAUGAAAGUAAGAAACUUCCUCUCGCCUAUUGCUUGCUUCAAACAUGUCCUGUUACGCCACAAAUUUGGGAGUAGGAUAAAGGAGGUGAGGUGUAGAUUACGUGAUAUUGCCGAAGAGAAGAAUCAAUUGGGUCUUAGAGCAGAUAGUGGGGAGGGUGAGAGAAACAGAGAGCGAGAGACAAGCUCCCUAGUCAACCCACUGUCAGUGAUAGGCAGAGAAGGUGAAAAAAAUGAAGUCAUAGGCUUGCUGCUGCAGGAGGUAACUGAGGUGCCCUUUGUCAUUUCUAUCGUUGGAAUGGGGGGUUUGGGCAAGACCACUCUUGCUCAGCUCAUCUACAACGAUGAGAAAGUGAAGGGGCAUUUUGACAUGAAAAUGUGGGUUUGUGUUUCUGAAGAUUUCGAUGUUAAACGAAUUACAAAAUCAAUCAUAAAAUCUGCAGAUGGGUCUAAUUGUGAUCAUCUAGACCUGGACCCUUUGCAACAUCUCCUCCGUGGUAUGUUGCAGGCAAAGAAAUUCUUGCUGGUGCUUGACGACGUUUGGAGCAAAGACAGCCAGAAGUGGGAGAAGCUGAGACUUCCCUUCCAAGCUGGUGCAGCCGGAAGUCGAAUCAUUGUAACCACCCGUAUGGAAGAUGUUGCAGGCAUCAUGGGAAGCACUGAUCACAUGAACAAACUGGCAGUCUUAUCCGAUGAGGAUUGCUGGUUAUUGUUCACAAGUAAAGCACUGGAGCAUCGGAGUGAAGAAGAGUGUUCUGAGCUGGAAGAGAUUGGAUGGCAAAUCGUAAAGAAAUGUGGAGGGGUGCCUCUCGCUGCAAAGACAAUAGGGAGUGUCAUGCAGUCGAGGAGGACUAGAAGCCAGUGGGAGCUUGUCUUGCGAAGUGAGAUGUGGAACUCAGAUGAUGUCUUUGAAGGCAUUUUACCAGCUUUGUUACUAAGCUACUAUGAUUUGCCUCCAGCUCUGAAGCAGUGCUUUGUAUAUUGCUCCGUCUUUCCGAAAGAUUGGGUGAUAGGGAAGGAUAUGAUUGUCAAUUUAUGGGUGGCACAAGGUUUCAUCUGCUCCGUUAGUGGAAGUGGUGACAUGGAGGAAAUCGGUGAACUGUAUUUCGAUGAUUUGCUAAGGCGCUCACUGCUCCAAAAUGCAGAAAUCGAUAGUAAUGGCAGCAUAGUCUGUUGCAAGAUGCAUGAUUUAGUUCAUGAUCUAGCGCAAUAUGUUGCAGGAAGGGAUUGUUCAGUGGUGGAGAUUAGCAAGGAAGCCUCGUUAAACCUAAAUAAUGUCCGGCAUUCUUUUAUAGUUGACAAUGACGAAGCUGGUGAUGAAGCUCAUAAAUUGGCUUCCAUUUCGGCCACCUUGCAUAAGGCCCACAAGUUGCGGACGUUGCUACUACAACACUCAAGAAUCUCCAAGGUGCCAGACAAGUUAUUUCAUCAUUCGAGACGCCUUAGAGCAUUGGACUUGAGUCGCACUGACAUCAAGAAAUUGCCUGAGACAGUAGGACAGUUGAAACACUUGAGAUAUCUUGAUUUAUCUCACACAGGCAUAGAGGAGUUGCCAGAGGAAUUGAGUAAUUGCAUCAAUUUACAGACCUUGAUACUCAAUUAUUGUCAGAAGCUAAGAAAACUGCCUAGAGGGAUGAGGAAAAUGAUUAGCCUGAGACAUCUAGAAUUUAAAGGUUCAGAUAAUACGAGGUACUUACCAGAGGGUAUAGGGAGACUAACUGAGCUUCGGACGCUAACAGAGUUCAUUGUGGGGGGUGACGACCAAGGAUAUAAAUGUGGAGAACUGAAACACCUCAAUCAUCUUCAAGGUUGUCUUCCAAUUACCGGCUUGCAAAAUGUCAGGAGCAGGGACGAAGCUAGCGAGGCAGCACUGCAUGAGAAGCCGCACCUUCAUGCUCUAUCCUUGGUGUAUGAUGACGAAGAUGGUGAACUGUUGGAUGAUGAGGUGAAGAGGAUGGAGGAUGUGCUCGAAAGCCUUCAGCCUCACACAAACUUGAAAGAGUUGGAAAUAUGGUAUUACAAAGGUUCCAAGCUUCCCCAGUGGACAGGGAAUCCAAUGUUCUCCAAUCUAGUGAAGAUUGAACUCCUGCAUUGUCUCAAUUGUAAACAACUUCCAGGUCUUGGGAGACUACAAUCCCUUAAAUUUCUUUUUAUUAAGGGAAUGGUAGAGGUGAAAAAAGUGGGUGGUGAGUUUAGUGGGGAUGAUCAAAAUGAUGGAAAUGGUGGUGGUGGUGGUGGUGGUGUCUCAUUCCCCAAGCUGGACACCCUCUGUUUCCAGGAAAUGCCAAAUUGGGAGGAGUGGGAAUUGAGAGGUGGAGAUGGAGAGGUUAUGCCAUCACUCCUCCAAUUAACAAUAAAAGACUGCCCAAAGCUGAAGGCGUUGCACUGUAACCUUCUACCUCUGCUCCGGAUGUUGAAUUUAGAAAGUAUUAAGAUGUUAUCAGGAGGACUCUUACCUGUGCUCCCCAACCUAAACUGUUUGACGAUUGAUGGGAUUCAUGAGCUGACGUCACUACCUGGUGAUUGGUUGGGACAACUCAAAGCCCUCCAAACUCUGCGUAUCUAUGAUUCUCCACAGUUGGAGUCUCUACCAGAGGAGUUGGGACAACUCAAUGCCCUCCAAACUCUGGAGAUCUCCCAUUGUCCACAGUUGAAGUCUCUACCAGAUGAGUUGGGACAACUCAAAGCCCUCCAAACUCUGUCUAUCCAUAAUUGUCCAGUGUUGAGGUCUCCACCGGAGUUGCAACACCUCACAAUGCUUCAAGAAUUACAUAUCAUCAACUGUCCAAUCUUAAAAGAGCGUUGGCGAGAUGGAGGAGAAGAUCGUCACAAGAUUGCCCACAUCCCAUAUAUCUUCAUUUAUUCAUUUGAAUGAUCCACUCCAAUACGAGGAGGCGGAGAGGAAAUCAACAACAGCUUUUCAUUUGGUUUUGUUUCAAGGAAUUGUAUACUUUUUAUUUAUUUAUUUUCUUUUUCCUUUUUCAAUAGAUUUACUUUUAAUACAUGUCAAUCUAUAAUCUAUCUAGGAAGAUCAGUUUGCUGGGUUGCUGCAUUGUUUUGCUAAUAAACACAAGUUGU